CUUGUUUUAAGUUGCCCAACUUCCUUGUAGCAUAGAGCAAAGAACAAGACGAGGAAUUUCCCAGCUAUUUCUUUUUCGCAUAAACCUUAAUCAACCUACAAUGGUCAUAUUUAGCAUCCCCCGCUUCAUCUUCCAAAUGGCCGUGGGUUGGCUUGCGGGCGAUUUUCCGCCUGAUAUUAACCAUUUUCGAAAUGCAAUGAUGGAAAAAAGCGCUACAGAGGCCGAUUUCUAUUGUGGAUGCAGCCCAUACUUGCCCAAUCCAGGUCCAACAGGGCCAUGGCCCGGUCACACAUACAAAAUUCGAGACCCGAAGACCGAGCGACAGAUUACGCUCGUCAACGGGGAGCUCAAGCUAGAAAAAGACAUGGGCGAACAAGGGGGAUAUCACUGGCUAUGCAUAGAAACGGAUGGGUACCUGGGAUUUCGCAACCCCAGUAAUAACGUGCACAUAGGCCAUAACAACUGGGGUCAGUUUGUCGCCCGGGAGUAUCACCACUGGGCGUGGGAAUUCUUUAACACGAGAGCACAUCCGGAUGGGGGCCAACUAUUGUUAACAGUUCAUGGCAACUCAAUGCGAAAAAUGGCAGUUGAGAAGGGCACAUAUAGGCUGGUGGAGACUAAGGGUGACGGCACGGCGUGGGAGUUUGUGGAGGUGCCUACUUGAAGUGAUUAUGAAUGCACAUGGGGUUAAUACUAUGGGUUGAACUUCCUAUCUAUCGUUGAGUAUAGAUAUAGAAGUGAUGCGAUGAUUGUACGUUGAGGGAUCUUUGUAUCAGAACAGAAAGCACGGCUUUGAAUCACGAUGAAUAAAUAUGCUUACGAACAGUUAUAAGAGUAGUGCAUUCUUCUACAAUAGCAAGAAUUUGCCUGCUUAGUAUACAAGACACAAUUGGAAGUAUCGUGUUAAGCUGCCAUGGCCUUGGCUUUCUAGGGAGUCAUUGUCUCAUAAUGUAAG